UGUACUGCUGACAUGGAUGUUGCGCUUUUUGCCACUCUGCUCUUCCAGGUUUGGAUUCCUGGGAUGGGUUAUGAAACUGGGGCGCCAACUUCGGUCUGUGGAAAUAUGGAACCAGAACAUAAGGGGGUGACUCCGCAGACGAAUGCAAGUCCUUACACCAUUGCAGUAAGCAACAGCACAUUUCAGACUGGCAAACCUAUCACAGUGGUAAUUGGAGGCUCUAAUUACAAGGGUGUGCUACUGCAGGCGAGGUCAGCCUCCAGCAAAGAAGCCCUGGGCACCUGGGGUACCACACCUGCUAAUACCAAAUAUUUACAGUGCUCAGGAAUUGCUCAAGGAGCCAUUACACAUUCCAACAGUAACACAAAGAAUAACCUCACCGUGUUCACCUGGAACCCCCCAUCCACCACCAACAGCAUCUAUUUUGUGGCCACCAUAGCCAAAGACGCAAACGUAUACUGGUUAAACGUCAAAUCGGAAAUGCUGACUAGAGAGGGAGCAGCCCCCGGGUCAGCUGAUCCUAAGAUGGCCACCACACCUGCACUUCUGCUUCUGACCCUCCUAAUAGCAGCGUUUCAGAGCUAGAGCAGGAAACGGCAUCAGGUUACCACAGCGCCGAUUGUGUGCAACCUGACGCAGCACGCAAAAUGUAAAGCUGACCACAAGUACACAAGCUCACACUUGCUUCUGUGGCUCGUCCUGCCUGUCCAGGGAGACGCCUCUUGAAAGAUCAACACACCACUGUCAGUGCCGAGUACACCUGUACAUGCUGAUGACUGAAGAAACAGCUCAGCUGAAUUGAAUAGUUAUGCUUGGGCUUUUUUAAAAUGGGUUAAAGCACUUUGCAUAGGGAAAACAUCCUUGAACUCUCAAGGACAUGUACUUAUUUAGAUUUAGAAGUAGUUCAUCAAGUGUAUCCUUUGUGCACAAUGUACUUUAAUAUUAAUUCUUUUUUUUAACAAUUUUUUUUAGUGUCAUGGUCACGAAACAUUUUCAAAAAUGGAUUAAGAGAAAGAAGUACUAUUUAAUCCCUCUAAACCCAACAUGGACAAAUCCAAAACAUUUUAAUGUUAAUAGGUAGGAAAUGGGUUAAAACAUAUCCACUAGGUGAAAGGAUUUUACUCCAAUUGUUAUUUUAUAGUGUCAAUGGGAGGAGAAAUUAGAACUUAUUCCAACUACUCUAGUGAAAACUUAUUUUGGUCACUUUCCUCCUUGUCAAAAGUUGGAAGAAUAAAAAUAUACACACUGAAAAUGUUAUUUAAAACUAGCACUCAGUCAUAACGCAAGCGAAGAGAGGGGAAAAAUAGUUCCAUGACACAGUGACAUGAACAUGUGGAGGGUGCUUGAGAUCUCAGUCAAGGGCCCUACCAUUAGUGCAUGCCUUGUACAACCCAUUACACCAACCCCAGUGCUCUAGAAUAAAUCAACCCUAAUGACACCAACUCACCCUUAUGCAUAUUUAAUUAAAUAGUAUGAAGACUAGAGUAAUCCUAGACUAGUCCUUGGUAUAAUUGGGUGCUUCCUUCAACACCCCUGCAGUCUAAAUACAGGCUUGAUGUGUUAAAAUACACUAAACACUCAUUAUGCAUGUGUGAGCAGGGGAUUUUAAUCAGCAUUCCUAAAUUAUUCACAUUUUUCUGAAGCUCACAUCAGUAGUUUGCACUAGUGUAGGAAUGUUUUUGAACAAUUAUCUGCACAUGACCAGAUAAUGCUCCAGGAACAGUCUGAUCCAAAGACUUCAAUGAAUAACCAAGGAACAGCAGCAGAAGGUGUGACACACUGUGUCGGAGUGCUUGAGACACCUGGGUCACUGGACCUAGGCAGGAGAUAAGGCAGGGGGCAAAUAUAGCAGCCAAAAUGUUGAUCCACUUAAAGCUCUCGUUAAUCCAUGAGGGGACCUGACUGCAGGGAAGGCAGCACAGAACAAGGAUCUGACAGUGGACACCAGCCUCUCCAGUGCACAAAAACAAUCAAAUCAAUAGAUACAGACUUACUAUUAAAGGAAUAAAUAAGGCAGGCUUGACGAGCACAAAAUCACAAAUGAACCUGCUACUAGUCCAUUCCCACCAACCUCACUUAAGCUACAAGAACCUGUCUGAAAUGUACCACACAACCAGGUCAACCUUACAACACAUUUCUUCAAACCUACUUGAGAGGAGAAAAACACAUCUUUGAAGUCACAAAAGCUGCAUAAGUUUUUUUCAGUAAUUUAUUCAAGUCAUUAAAAGUAGACUGACUGGAGAAAAGGUGGAACGUGUUCUGGGUUUUAACUUUAACUGGAAUGACUGUGACAAGUGGAGAAAUCAGACUAAGAAUCGCACACAUGCACAACCUUUUAAAUAUACAACAUCUCUCAAUUAAUAGCUAGUGGUGCACUAAUUGGACCCACAUGUACAAGGCAGAAAAGUCCAAGAAAUUCAUCUAUGUUACACGUUUAACCACUUCACCUCCCCACAAUACUUUUUUUAAUAUUUGAUUGUGAAUGUUAUAUUUAAAAAAGAGGAAAAAUCUAAAAUAAAAA